CAAUUUAAUGCUUUCUGCUGAUUAUUGUUUUGGUUUUGUUUCAAAUGAUUAAAUGCUUGUUCUUGUGUCAUUACAAGGUUUAAUUGAUUAGUAAUUGUAUCAGAAUUGUAUCAAUCGAAAUUUCAGUUUUAGUUCAACUCGAUCUUACACCACAAUAUGUCUUCUUGGAGUCAAAUUCAAUCAUCAUUGAGACAUCCUAAUAAUCCUGUUGUGUUCUUUGAUAUUGCAAUCGGUACAACUGAAGUUGGUCGGGUUAAAUUUGAACUUUUUGCUGAUAUUACUCCUAAAACGGCUGAAAAUUUCAGACAAUUCUGCACUGGAGAGUACAAAAAAGAUGGUGUGCCUAUUGGAUAUAAAAAUUCAUUCUUUCAUAGAGUGAUAAAAGACUUCAUGAUCCAAGGGGGUGACUUUGUCAAUGGAGAUGGUACUGGAUUAAUGAGUAUUUAUGGAGGCAGAUUUCAGGAUGAAAGUUUUGAUUUUAGCCAUGAUUCACCAGGGCUAUUAUCAAUGGCUAAUAGCGGCAAAGAUACUAAUGGGUGCCAAUUUUUCAUUACUUGUGCUCCUUGUGAAUUUUUAGAUGGCAAGCAUGUUGUUUUCGGACGAAUAGUGGAUGGAUUGCUGGUCAUGAGAAAAAUUGAAAACGUUCCCACUGGCCCUAAUAAUAAACCUAAAAUCCAAGUCAUGAUAUCGCAGUGUGGAGAGAUGUGAAUGUUAUUUCAAUAUUUUCAAAAUUUUCUAAUUUUUUACCGAAAACACGGUUUCAUUUAUUCCCAUUGUUAAACGUUUGAUCUCUUUUAAAUAUCUAGGUCCGUUUAGUUGGACAGCAAAACUUCAUCAAUGACAAAUAAAUGAUACGCUUGAAGUUCAUUCAA